AUGAUUCCCACAGAUUCAAUUGUGAACUUUCUGGCAGCUCAUCACCCCCUCGGGGGACUGGGCAUUCAGCACCACCCCGCCGUGGAACAGUCUGGAGCCCGACCACCCCGCCGUGAACCCUUCCCGGCUUGGAGUACUAUCGAUGAAGUAAAGAAAACCGCAGCGCAUGAGUUUGAGGCUGCAAGCCAAAAGGUUCAACAGAAGGCUGGUCAUAUCGAGCUGUGGAGCCCCAAGUAUUAUGCCGCUUGUACGCUUGGUGGACUUCUCGCUUGUGGUCUUACUCACACUGCGGUUACUCCCCUGGAUCUGAUCAAAUGUCGUCGUCAAGUUGACUCCAAGCUCUACACUGGUAAUCUGCAGGCUUAUAGUAAGAUCCGUGCAACUGAAGGUUUCCGUGGCGUCUUCACUGGUUGGAGCCCUACUUUCUUUGGAUACAGCGCUCAAGGUGCAUUCAAGUAUGGUGGAUAUGAGUACUUCAAGAAAUUCUACUCCGACCUCGUUGGUCAGGAGCGUGCCAGCAAAUACAAGACCUCUCUAUACCUGGUUGCCAGUGCUUCGGCUGAGUUUAUCGCGGAUAUCGCUCUCUGUCCCUUUGAAUCCGUCAAAGUCCGUAUGCAGACCACUAUUCCACCUGAUAUCAAGGGAACCUUCAGUGGUAUCUCUGGAAUUGUGGCUAAAGAGGGCGUUUCUGGGCUUUACAAAGGUCUUUACCCACUCUGGGGUCGCCAGAUCCCCUAUACUAUGAUGAAGUUUGCUUCAUUUGAGACUAUUGUGGAAACGAUCUAUAGCAGUCUUCCCGGUCAGAAAUCCGACUAUGGAAAGGGUGCUCAGACCGCUGUUGCUUUCUCUGGUGGAUACAUGGCUGGUAUUCUCUGUGCUGCUGUUUCGCACCCUGCGGAUGUGAUGGUCAGUAAGCUGAAUGCAAAUCGCCAAGCCGGUGAGGCCUUUGGGGCUACGAUGAGCCGUAUCUAUGGAGAUAUUGGCUUCCGUGGUCUGUGGAAUGGACUGCCUGUCCGUAUUGUGAUGAUUGGGACACUGACCGGUCUUCAAUGGAUGAUCUACGAUUCCUUUAAGAUCUUCAUGGGUCUUCCUACUACUGGUGGAGGUGGUGAGGAAAAGAAGAAGAAUCAGUAG